GUGCGUUUAGUUGUCGAACUCGAAUUUCAUUAGACUGUUAUUUUUCGAAAAAAUACAUAAAAUAUAUAUAUUUUAAAAAACAAAUAAAUCAAAAUGAAACUCUUCCUCGCACUCUUUGCACUCGUUGCCAGCACAGCUGCCGAUGUGAGCCAUCUGAGCCGUGAAUAUCUUCCCCCUGUGCAACACGAUCAUCACGCACAGCAUGGAGGCGCUGCCGCCACACACUUUGGUAGUAUAAGCGGCUCAAGCGCUGGUGCCAGCGCCGGACCCAGCGGUACUGUGACCUACACUAGUCAACAACACAGUUUCGAUUAUGGUCAGCAAGCGGUCGCAGCAGCAGCGCCAGCCGCAGAAGAGCCCGCAGUAUCCGAGCCUGUUGCACCAGCUGAUGACGGCCCAGCUGUCGCUUAUGGUUCAUACGAUGCGGGUGAUCAACAACAAUAUCAAUUUGUACCUGAGGCACAACAACAAGUGGAUGCUGGUGUGGGCGGUGGUAACGCUGGCGUUGUAGGUGCUGACGGUGGUAGUGGUGUGGUGGAUGUUGCUGAUGGUGCAUUCAGUGGUAGUUACGAUUUGGGCGCUCAAGAUGCUGGUGUACAAGAUGUAGCCGACAACAGUUUGUCCGAUAGUUAUGGCAACUCUGUGGCUCAUGUGAGCUUGGCUGCAGCGCAAGGUCCUACCAUCCGCGCGCCACAACCUGCCGUAUCGCACGUCGCAUCGCAUGAUGCUGUGGCAGAGUAUGUUGGUGCGGGUGCUGGUGCUGGCUUUGGUGGUAGUGUCAGCGGCUCCUCGGGCCUGGAUACACAAUAUGGCUCCAAUGGUGGCUAUAUUUACUAAAUAGUUUUUAAAUGUUUUUAAGACCUU